AUGUCGAAGGAGGAGAAGGCGUCUACAGAGAGCAGGACUGGCGAAUUGGAGGAAGAUCUGGAGGCACGUAAAGCCAAUGGGAACAACGAGAAGCACUCUGCAGACAAUGAGCCGCACUCUAUACAUCCGAAUAAAGAUGAUACUACCAAGGACCCCAACAUCGUCGACUGGGACGGGCCCAACGACCUUUCAAAUCCCCGCAACUGGACGACCAAAGCCAAACUCGCCAACACAACUCUCGUCAUCCUCUUAACUCUCCUAACACCCCUCGCCUCGAGCAUGUUCGCCCCCGGAGUCCCCCAAGUCCUCCGCGACUUCAAGACCUCCGCCGCCACGAUCGCCGAGUUUGUCGUCAGUAUCUACAUCCUGGGCUUCGCGGUUGGACCCCUGAUCAUCAGUCCUCUGAGUGAGAUCUAUGGUCGAUACCCGGUAUACGUGGCGUGCAACAUCAUGUUCUUGAUCUUUACGGUGGCGUGUGCGGUGGCGGAUAGCAUGGCUCAGUUGAUCGUGUUUCGAUUCUUUGCGGGACUUUUUGGAGUCUGUCCGGUUACGUUGGGUGGUGCGUCGAUUUCGGAUCUGAUUGAGCAGGAUAAGAGGGGGUUGGCGAUGAGCUUGUUUGGGAUGGGGCCUUUGCUGGGUCCUGUCAUCGGUCCCAUCGCGGGAGCGUAUCUCAGUGCUGCAGCAGGCUGGCGUUGGACGUUCUGGGUGUUGACCAUUGCGUACGGCGUCUGCACAAUCGCCCAUUUCUUCCUCUGCCGCGAAACCUACAGCCCAAUCCUCCUGACCCGCAAAACCCAGAAACUCCAAAAAGAAACCGGCAACUUCGACCUUCGAUCCGCCCAGGACUCCGGCCUCUCGAAGAAAGACCUCAUCCUCCGAGCUCUCGUGCGGCCCUUCAAGAUGCUCUUCCUCUCACCUAUCAUCCUGCUCAUGUCCAUCUACGCCGCGUUCGUCUACGGAAUCCUUUAUCUGCUCUACACAACCUUCACAUUCGUCUUCACGGAGAACUACGGCUUCAGCUCGUCGAAUGUGGGAUUAACGUACAUCGGCUCUGGGAUUGGGAUGUUUCUUGGAAUGUUCUUGAUCGGUGGAGCUAGUGAUCGUUUGUUGAAGAGCAAGGCGAAGAAGCAUGGGGGCGAGCUGAAACCGGAGUAUCGACUCUUGCCCCUGAUGUACACUGGCUGGCUAUGCCCGGUGGGACUGUUCAUCUAUGGCUGGACGUCGGCGUACCACAUACAAUGGGCUGUGCCGCUAUUCGGGACGUUGCUCUUUGGUAUUGGCAUUAUCUCGGCGCUGGUCUGCAUUUCGCAAUACAUGAUCGACGCCUUCACGCUCUAUGCCGCUUCCGCAAUCGCCGCCAACACAGUCUUACGAUCGAUAGUUGGCGGACUUUUGCCCCUGGCUGGCCUCAGUCUCUAUCGUGAGUUGGGGCUGGGUUGGGGCAACAGCUUAGUGGCAUUCAUUGCUCUAGGUCUGACGCCAGUGCCAUUCAUCUUCUACGUUUGGGGCGAGCGUAUACGGCAAGCGACGAAAGUAACGUUUUAG